AUGGUCUGUUUGGGAAACCCUUUAGAAUUUACAUCGGCCAUCAACGGAGCCUGGUUCGCCGGGGACGCGGCGUGUGUUCUUGUGGGAUUCGAAGUCUACCUGUUUGGACUGUCUCAGCUUUAUCUGCUAUCGGCGGUCAGCGUGAACAGGUACAUCGUCAUGACCAAACCCCUACUGACGCCCAAAAUCACGACUAAAGUCGCAUGUGCAAGCGUUGCCGGGUGUUUUGGACUGGCUCUUUUUUGGGCCGUGUGUCCCUUAAUAGGCUGGAGCAGCUAUGGACUAGAGGCGUCGGGUGUCUUUUGUGGGCUUAACUGGACGCACGUCAGUGUAUCUAACACUUCUUACUUCAUCUCGAUCACGAUCUUCUGCUUCUUUGCCCCACUCGGCAUCAUGUUCGUAUGCUACUACCACGUGUUCAUGACGGUCAAGAGACCCAACAGCAACUCGGUAUGGAAUUUGAACAGCAGCAUUGCUCGCAAGAACCUGAAACUCGAGCGAAGAAUAUUGAAAAGCUGCGUCAUCAUGUGCGGCGUUUACUGGAUCGUGUGGACGCCUUACGCAGUUGUCUCUUUCAUCCAGGCGUUUGGCGACCCGGACAGCGUGCCGCUAUGGAUGGCGGAGCUUCCGGCGACGGCGGCUAAGUCCCAGGUGGUCUGGAACCCCAUUAUCUACGUCGGAACCAAUAAGAAAUUCAGGAUGGCAUUUUACCAGAGCCUGCCAAGUACCUGGUUGAGAGACUGGUUUGAGGUACAAGCAGAGGAGGUGAUGCCUGAAAAUAUGGAACUUAACGAUAUGCCCGGUCAGUCCGCACCCAAGCUACACACUCAUGUACACAAAAACUAG